GAGCGGCAGUCAGAAGCAGAGCAGCGCAGCCCGGAGCAGAGGUGGCCUCGCACUCAUCAGCGCCGGAUAACGACCAUGAUGGGUUGACUGGGGGGAGGCGGCCGCAGAGAGGAAGUGUGCACCGCCACCGCUCGCUCAGCAUGGAGACCAACAAAGUUCUGCAUUUCGUGCCUUCAGAGGCGCCUCCCUCUGGGAUGUCCAAGAAUGGAUAUUUCUUUCAAGAAAUGGAGCAGCGGGAGGCGGAGCAGGAGGAGGGCAGCGACGGCCGAGAGGAAGUACAGGACUCGCCAAUCGCCUGCGGAGACGACAUCCACCUCUAUGACAACCAGAUCAGCCCCGGGCCAGACGCCGACGACUCCGGCUGUGUGCUGCUGAACACCUCCAGGAAGUAUGUGAAGCUGAUGAACUUCCAGGAGGAGGUGCGGGCGCACCGGGACCUGGACGGCUUCCUGGCCAGGGCCAGCAUCCUAUUGGACGAGACGGCCGCCUCCCUGGACGACGUGCUGAAGCGCAUGCUGCACCACGUGGGGCAGGACAGCCACGCCUCCGAGCCCGGCUGCAACUUCGAGGAGGUCAUGAGCAUGCUGUUCACCGACGCCGGAGCCCAGGAGGUCAACGACAAGUCUCAGAGUUUCGUUUUCUUUGACGACGUUCACCUGCUGUCAGAGACCAUCCAGGGAGUGACGGCCACCGCCACCGGAGUCCAGUACCAGCAGUCCUGGCUCUGCAUCCUCUGUAACGUCAAGCACCUCCAGCGGCGUCACGUUUGCAUCUCCCGCCUUGAGAGGCCUCAGAAUUGGGGGGAGAACUGCUGCGAGGUUCGCUACGUCAUCCUGAUCCUGGCCCCGCUGAAGAUGAAAAGCACCAAGACGGCGAUGGAGCUGGGCCGGACGUUCGCCACGCUCUUCUCCGACAUCUCCUUCCGGCAGAAGCUGCUGGAGACCAAGACGCAGGAGGAGUUCAAGGAGGCGCUGGUGUUCCAGAGGCACCAGCUGACGGCCACCAACCAGCAGCCCAUCGUCCUGGGGAAGGAGGAGACGGACCCCCGCAGCCACAAGCCCCUCAAGUGUCAGGACUUCUUCAGGGCCGGCCGGGGGAUUUACGAGGACCUGCGCCGCCGACUGCCUUUCUACCCCUCGGACUUCACAGACGGGAUCGUCGGCAGCAACAAGACCCUGCUGAAGUACAUGACCACGGCCAUCUUCCUCUACAUCGCCAUCCUGCUGCCCGCCAUCGCGUUCGGCUCGCUCAACGACGAGAGCACGCGCGGCGAGAUCGAUGUGAGGAAGACCAUCAUCGGCCAGAGCAUCGGCGGCGUCAUCUACUCGCUGUUCGCCGGCUCGCCGCUGGUCAUCCCGCUCACCACGGCUCCUCUGGCCAUCUUCAUCAGCGUCAUCCGAGGAAUCUGUGACGACUACGAUCUGGAUUUCGCGGCGUUCUACGCCUGCAUCGGCCUGUGGAACUGCCUCUUCCUCAUCCUGGGAGGCAUCUUCAACGUCAGCCUGCUCAUGAAGCUCUUCAAGAGGUCGACGGAGGAGGUCAUCGCCCUCUUCAUCUCCAUCGCCUUCGUGGUGGACGCUGUCAAAGGCACGGUGAAGAUCUUUCACAGGUACUACCACUCUCCCACGAUGGCCAACAGGAGCAUGGCGGACUUCGCCGAGGGCAGUGAGGCGCUGGCGGAGGGGAACCGGAGCGAGGCGGCGGUGGCGGCGGCGGAGCUGGCGCUCACCGCUCUGCCCGAGUCGCUGAUCCACUGCACCCGCGAGCGGCCGCUGCUCUGCCUGCUGCUCAUGAUGGGCACGCUGUGGAUGGGCUACACCCUCUACCAGUUCAAGAGGAGCCCCUUCCUUCAUGCCAAAGUGAGGGAGGUGCUGUCGGACUGCGCUCUGCCCAUCUCCGUGCUGCUCUUCUCCUUCAUCGGCUCCUACCUGUUCAGCGACAUCAAGCUUCCGGUGUUUCAAGUCCACAACCGGCCGAUCUUCAACGUGGCCCCGUUCGAGCGCCUGUCGGCCAUGAACGUGGUCAGCGCCAUGGGUCUGGGCUUCCUCCUGGCCCUCCUCAUCUUCAUCGAUCAGAACAUCGUGGUCUCGCUCACCAACGCGCCGGAGAACAGGCUGCUGAAGGGGACGGCCUACCACUGGGACCUGAUGCUCUCCGGCCUCAUCAACAUCCUGAUGUCGGUGCUGGGGUUGCCCUGGAUGCACGCCGCCUUCCCUCACUCCACCCUGCAUGUGCGCCAGCUGGCGUUCGUGGAGCAGCGCGUGGAGGGGGGGCACCUCUACGAGACGAUCGUCCAGGUGAAGGAGACCCGUCUGACGUCUCUGGCUGCCAACAUCUUCAUCGGCGUGUCGGUGCUGCUGCUGCCCGUCCCGCUGCAGUGGAUCCCCAAGCCCGUCCUGUACGGCCUCUUCCUCUACAUCGCCCUCACCUCCAUCGACGGCAACCAGAUGUGCGACCGCAUGGCUCUCCUGCUGAAGGAGCAGACGUCUUACCCGCCCACCCACUACAUCCGCAAAGUGCCCCAGAGGAAGAUCCACUACUUCACCUUCCUGCAGAUGAUGCAGCUGCUGGUGCUGUGCACGUUCGGCAUGUACCCCAUCCCGUACAUGAAGAUGAUCUUCCCUCUGGUCAUGAUCCUCCUAAUCCCCAUCAGGAACAACGUGCUUCCUCAUAUCAUUGAGGCCAAAUACCUGGACAUCAUGGAUGCCCAGCACAUGUAGCGACGGGACUGCAGCUCCGGAUCCACACGAAGACGUCUGGAAUCGAAAAGAAUUAUAAUUUAAAAAACGACGUGAGGAUGAACAAAAAAAACAUAUUUUUCAAUGCAAAACUGUGCGGAAGCAAAAAGAAGAAAUAGCGACUGUUUUGAUUUUUGUAUCCCGAUGAGAACUUUGUUCAAGGUGAAGCACUGGAAACGCGGCGACUCGUCUGGCGAGGAAGCCCGCGGAGAGCUGCGGGAACUGAUAGCAUCUCUCUGAGGAACCCGACCGUCCGGAACGCCGCUCCGCCUCCUCCACCUCCGUUUGGCACGCCCCACCUCCCCCUCUGGACCGGCGGCGCCGCGCCGCGCCGCGCCGCGCCGCGCCACGCACGGCCCGCGCUCAGCACGGCGCUGCGUUCAGGCGCGCGGGAAAUGGGAAAGUCACGCAGAUAGAAUCGUGUUUGACGCUAACGUAGCGCCGUGUUCAGCUGCCCAGUGGCAAUACCCGCUAACUUCCUCUCAGAUGUUUGGGUCGCUGCACUGAAACACUGCAGCAGUGCUUUGCUCUCUUCACCUCUUCAUCUUCGGUGCACAGGACGCAUUGCUGUUUGUAAUCAUUCAGAUUUAGGUUAUUUCUUUAUUGUUUUAAUGAAGAAAAAAAACUACAGCAUUCCCAUAAAUGAAAUCGCUCAUGUACACAGUACUGCUCAGUAAUUCCACUUUCCCACGGGGAAGUUUCUAGUUCCAGAGAGCUCAGGUGGAUUAUUCCCACCAUCCUGGACUUUCCCGUUUCCCAGUCGCUCCUGAAGGCAGCACGGGCGGUGUGUGUGAUCAGCCCGCCUCCAGAGAGACGCGCCGGUGUUGUGCCGAGGUACUUACCCCCGACAGGAAGUGUAUCCCCUGAAAUAAUUUGUACCCCCCUGUAACUUAGGGAAGAAGUGAGCCAGGCCUCUGAAACUCUCCAAUAUCAUCAGUCUCAAACAGAAAUGAUCAAAAAAUAAACUUCAUGAUGGCAGUUUAUGAUUUGACCAUUUUCAGGGGGGGAUACAGGCUUUUCAGGCUAAAUAUGGUCUCUAAAUAGAGCAAUGUACUAAAUGGAUCAGUGAUGAUAUUCUUGUCAUUAUUGUUAUUAUUAUUAUCAUUGGGCUGGACUUUCUCUCAAAAAAAAAGUUUUGAAGUUGGUGUUUGGAUGCAGGGCCGGCUGUAGGCUCUCGCUCGGGGCGCUUGUGUCGGGCUCGCCUCGGGCGCCUGAGAAGCCCGGGCCGGCCCGUGUUUUUAUUUUGAAAGUGUGGAUAGAUCUUCUGGAUGAUCGUAAAUAACAGUAGAAGGCUAAUAUAAGAAAAAUUAUCCUAAAGAGCUAUCAAAACUCAACAUAUGAGCAAGGUAUGAAGAGAGAGAGAGAGAGAGAGAGAGAGCAAUACUUAUGAAGACGACUGAUUCUUUGGCAGAUCAGUUUCUUAUGGCGCUACACAGUGUGAUAAAGGACGAAAGCUGGAAAAACUAAGCAUUUCAAACGAUGGACUUGUUCAUAUUGAUAUAUUAAUUAUGUACAAUGAAAAAUAAGCAGCACAGGAAAACGGUAACUCUCACUACAGCCACACAACAAUCUGCAUGAUAGUACUUGUCAUUGUUAGUGAACAGGGGAUACACUUUCUAUCGGGGGUAAGUACCUUGGCACAACACCGGCGCUAACACACCCGGCACCCGGCCGGGCCUGGUCCGCCGCGUCCCGGCCGCCGUCCAGCAGGUCUUCACCGUUCUGUACGUCCGUCAUCGUGCAGUGUUCCAGUCCGUCCCAUCCUGCACCUUCUCGCUGUGACUCCCUCUUUUCUACGAAGGACUUCAGUCUCUCAGUCAUUCCAGCAAAUGUCAGUGUUCAUUAGAAAAGAGGAAGCGGCGUGCAUGUGUGUGUGUGUGAGCGUGCGUGAGUGUGUGUGCGUGUGUGUGUGUGUCAUGGACACAGUUUUGAUCUGUCCCUUGUCUCGCUUUCUGCCAUCUCUUUAGAAAACCUGGUUUUCAUGGUGGAAUUGAAGUGCUCAGAUGAAUUAAACCACAUUCCACGGGUAUAUAUUCUAUGUGAUUAUCUAGAACGACAGCACAAACCAAACAUAGUGAAGUCUUUAUCAAAUGAUGAAUAUAUUAGAAUAUAUUAUGGCAAUAUAUGGAAAAAGGAUAUAGGUGAAAUUGAAAUAGAAUAUUUAUUUAUCAUAAUGACAGUUUUAUCUUUUGAGUACCAGAUGAUAAUUUUGUGUGUUUUCCCCGUUUCCUGGAAGAGACUCUGAUAAUUCCGUCUGUUUGACAUUCCACAGUUGGUGUUUUUCUUGUGUUUUGAGUGUGUCGAGUCCAUCCGGCUUCACUGCAGUGUUUCCACGUCCGAGUCCGUCCUGCUCCGUCCUGCUCCGUCCCAGUCCCUCACCGUUCUGGUGCAUUGCUAAACAACACACACACACGAAAAGUUGGGUUGAAGGUUUUAAAAAAAAUCAGUUCUUUGCGAAAUGCAUCCUUUUCGUUGGCGUUUCCUGCGGGAGCAGAGGGUUGAAGAGACCCGGUCUUGUUUUCUAUCUCGAUGUUUUGACGAUUAGAUCAGUGCUUGCAAACGUUGUCCUGUAAUGAUCCAGAGGUCUGGAGAGGUUGUUCUUGUUAUUCAGAUUUCUAAGCACCGGUGAGCUCGAAGCAUGUCUCACCUGGUUUUUUGAUACGAUGCGAUGCCAGUGGACAUGUAUCCUACACCAGUAGCAAGUCGACUCCUCAUUAAAGCGAAUGCAACGCUCAAUAUUCAGCAAUACUGUGUAUAAAACAGACCGGCGAGACCGGGCGGAGCCCCGAGCCGCAGAACCCACCGACAGGCCGGCUGUGUUUUUAAAGGCAGCAGAUUUUCACUUCAUCACUCUAUGAUACAAA